AAAAUUUAGUAUGUCUUCUGCUAUUUGUUAGUUGAAAUUUUUGUUCAAUCUUUAUUCAGCAAAAUGGGCUCAAGAGCUUUGCUCGGUCGAUGUUUAACUCAACUUGUUAAUGGUAAUCAAACGUGUAAAUAUCUUUCAAGCUCAGCUGUACUUGGUGCAAAAGACACUGCAAACAUAAACACUACAUCCCAGAUCCAUGAAGCUCCAUUAAAACCGAUUGAUAGCUUCUUUACUCCACCUUCAUCAAAAGAACACAGUGAAAAAAUGAAAGGUCUCAUUACUAUUGAAAGUGAAGAAAAUUAUGUUGGAAUAGUGUCUGGUGUUCCAGAAGAGCACAUUAAAACAAGAACAGUCUAUAUCUAUCAGCCAGCAAAGAAUGCUAUGCAAUCUGGAACCAAUAAUAUCAAUUUUUGGCAAAUUAGUUUUGAUACUAGAGAGAGAUGGGAAAACCGUCUGAUGGGAUGGUGUUCUUCUGGUGAUCCUUUACAAGCAACAAGAGUUAAUUUCCAAACCGAGCAGGAAGCUGUAGAACAUUGCAAACGUAUGGGCUGGAAUUAUAUUGUUCGUAAGCCAAAUAGAAAUGAUCCAAAGCCACGUUCUUAUGGUAACAACUUUUCAUGGAAUAAGCGCACAAGAGUUUCAACAAAGUAAUUUCCAAUAGUGUUUUUAUCCAAUAGUUAAUACAUACUACAAGGAUGAUUGUAUGGUAGUGUGACUUUAGAAGGUAGUACACAAAUUUAAGAAUGAAAAUUAACUCAGCUUAUUGAAUAUGAUACUUGUCAUAUGAAUAUGAAUCAAUUCAAGGUUGUAAUAAGAGGAAUAUAAUGUACAUAAAUGGGUAAGGUUUUCAAAUGUGAAUAAAAAAACACUUGUUAU